GGCGCCCCGCGUGGCCGCGCACACCCGCCGGUGCAGACUCGGGUCCUCAAGCCCCGCCUCCCGGGCCCAGCUGAUCCGCGCCGCCCUGCAGGCCCCACGCCUCGGCCCCGCCGAGCCCCACGCCGCCCGCGCCCGCCGUCCCUGCGCCGCCGCCGACCUCGGUCCCCGGGCCGUGCACCUCCGGCCGCGCGCGCGCGCCGGGAGAGGAGCGGGAGGCGGGGCGGCCUGCACCGUGCGGCCGGGAGGAGAGUGGCGCGGCCCCGCCGCGGCCAUGGAAGUCUACAUCCCGUCCUUUCGCCACGAGGACAGCGACCUGGAGCGCGGCUACACGGUGUUUAAAAUAGAGGUGCUAAUGAAUGGAAGAAAACACUUUGUUGAGAAAAGGUACAGCGAAUUCCAUGCCUUGCACAAAAAGCUUAAGAAAUGUAUCAAGACUCCAGAAAUCCCUUCUAAGCACGUCAGGAACUGGGUCCCCAAAGUCCUGGAACAGCGGCGGCAAGGUCUGGAAACAUAUUUACAGGCUGUCAUUUUGGAAAAUGAAGAACUUCCCAAACUCUUCCUUGAUUUCCUCAAUGUGAGACACUUGCCCUCUCUCCCAAAGGCAGAAAGCUGUGGAUCUUUUGAUGAGACGGAAUCUGAGGAGUCGAGCAAGCUGUCCCACCAGCCGGUGCUGCUGUUCCUCGGGGAUCCAUACGUCUUGCCUGCAGCCAGUGAUUUUCCAAAUGUGGUCAUCGAAGGGGUUCUUCGUGGGAUAUUUUACUCUCAUCUGCAGCCCAGGUAGAGACCCUACCCGGCUGGAAGAAGCUGAAGCGAGCUUCAGUGUCAAGGGCAAGAAAAUCGAUAUCUCUACCGACUUAACUGGAACUCCAUGACACAAUAGCUCUAGCUAGUGGGAAAAUUCACAGUCCUAGCUUCCUUCAGAACAGGGACAUUUCUAUUAGAAUGGUGCUUUUAAAAUUAGAAACUGAACCAGGGCAGCGUCAGUUGAAGGCUAAUUGAGUAAAAGGGAGACUCCGACGUGGGAAGUCAGGACCCAGGGACCGCAGUGGAGCACAGUGGAGCACCAGGCGCCACCAGACGGAGCCAGCCACUGCCCCAGUUGCACCGUUUGAUAAUUGGAAAUCAGAUCCAGAGUCAUGCAGCUUUGGUGGCCUUCUGCUCAGACCCUGACAACACCCACCCGUCUUUACGCCAUGAGAUGUUCUCAGCGGGGGUUACUGUAUUCAGGGGUGCUGGUGCCAGAAGAGAGUCCUGGAACCCACUGUGCUAAGUGUGAGGAAAGAGCCAGACUGGAAAUUCAGUUAUGCUGGCAGUAGAAUGCGUUGAAGAACACAAUGCAUUUCAGUUUCCAUUACUGUGGGGUUCCCUGUCAGCGGCAGGUUAGCUUCCAGUAUCCGUGCUUGAGAUGAAAUGGGGUGUUGGCACAAUCCUUGAGAGUCCUCUGGAAAGACACUAGACCGGAAGUCUGGCCUGCCGUUUUUUUUUUUUCCUCUAGUAUUGGAAAGUAUGAGUGCUUCUCUGAAGACCAGCUGGUGCCCCGAUGCAGUCCCAGAGGCCA